CUUCCGUGGCGCUUCCAUGGCCACGAGGAGAGGCCAGUUUGCAUUUUGCCUUGCGUCGAUCACAUCAUGAAGUCCCCGAAGACGACGACGGCGUCCGCGCCCAUCUUUAUCCAGAAGACGUACACGCUCUUCGAAGAGUCGCCGUCGAGCAUCGCUGCGUGGGCCAACAACGGCACGACGAUCGUCAUCAAGGACCCGCAGCAGUUCGCCACCAUGAUGCUGCCCAAGUACUUCAAGCACAACAACUUCCUCUCGUUCGUGCGCCAGCUCAACUUUUACGGCUUCCGCAAGUACAAGAAGGAAGAAGUCGAGCUUGUCAACAACGAAAACACCAAGCACUGGUGGGAGUUCUACCACGACAAGUUCCUUCGCGCCAAGCCCGAGCUCAUGGUGCAGAUUCGCCGCAAGACGUACUCGGAGGGAGACGGCACCGACAAGGAGGAAGUCGAGGAGCUCAAGAACCAGGUCAACUCGCUCCAGAGCCAGUUCCACCAGCUCACGGACCAGAUCUCGAGCUUGACGGCGCUCGUCUCGACGCUCAUCCAGACGCAGAAGCGGCCGCGCGACGAAGACGACGUCGCUGAAGCGUCGAUGAAGAAGAGCAAGCUCGCCGACACCUCGGACUUUGACGGCCUCUUUGAUGUUGUCGCCGACGACAGCGCGAUGCCGUCGCUCGACGACCUCUUCGCCGCCGAGGAGGACGAGUCGACGGUCGUCAACUCGGUGCUGGCGUCCUUCGACCUCCCCAUGGACGCGCGCUGCGGCACGAUGCUCGGCAGCGCGUGCGUCGCGGGCCCCAACGUGACGUUCUGCUGCCCCAUUUAGUUAGUUUAUUGUUCCCACUGCCUGUGUAUCAUCCGCCGACUGCGUGGAUUAUACUGCUUGCCUGACGCUGCUUCGUACCUUCGAUCUCAAGACUACGAGGCGCCUAAUGUCAACAAGAUGUACAGUAUCUUUUCA